AUGGACAGCGAUGGGAUAGAAUGGGCUAGAGACGAAAGCACACACGUUGACGACAUGGAUUCCGACGUCGACUCCGCGAUCGACGAGGCGACCGGACAGACCGAUUUGCUCUCCUUGACGUCGAGCAUCCUCGAUUACCAGUUCGAAAACGGCAGAUCAUACCACUCCAUGAGCCAAGGCACAAGAGCUUAUACGCUACGGUAUGGUAGAUCCAAACCCACAAUGCCCGCCCCAACCAAGCACGGAGUUCGUAGAGACGCUCACGCGGGACCAGAUCUUCAGCACCACAUCUGGCUGAUAACCCUGGACGGAGAGCUGGGAACUAGUCCGGGCAGACAUACGGCGAAGAGAGUGCUGGAUAUGGGCACAGGGACUGGUAUCUGGGCCAUCGACUUUGCCGACGCAUAUCCUGGCGCGGAGGUUAUUGGUGUAGACCUGAGUGCUAUCCAGCCUGAGCUAUUGCCAGCCAAUUGCAGUUUCGAGAUUGACGACCUUGAGCUCGAUUGGGAGUGGAACCAACCCUUCGAUUACAUCUUCAACCGCUCUGUCGCAGGCAGUUGGUCGAAUUUCCGGUCCAUCAUUCAAAAGGCCUAUGACAACUUGGAGCCAGGCGGCUAUUUCGAGAUCCAAGACCUGGAACUCCCGUCGUACUGCGACGACGGCACCGUGCCCCCGACGGCGGCCCUCUACCGGUGGCAGAACGCGCUCGUGGACGCCUCCAACGAGAUCGGCCGGCCCCUCAACUACGCGCCGUCCUCCCUGGGCGACCUCCGGGACGUCGGCUUCGUCGAGAUCCGCCACCGGGUCUUCCAGUGGCCGUUCAACUCGUGGCCCGAGGACCCCAAGCUGAAGGAGAUCGGCCGCUGGAACUGCGCGAACCUGGACAUGGGGCUCGAGGGCUUCUCUCUGGCGCUCAUGACGAGGGUCAAGGGGUGGACGCGGGACGCCGUCGAGGAGCUGUGCGAGGAGGUCAAGAGGGAGGUCGUGGACACGAGGUUGCACGCAUACUGGAAACAACACGUUAUAUAUGCCAGAAAACCCGGUGGAGCGCCGUCCUGA